ACAGAAAAAGAAAAUGAAAAUAAAAACGUUGUCCUCUCUCGCUGCCUUAUUCUCACCGCCGUUUUCUCAGGCUCGCGACGGCCGUUUUUCUCGCUUAUAAUCGUCUCUCUCACUCUCGCCGUGUUCUCUCAUCCUGGUCUGCCUCUUACUCUUGCGUCUCUCGCACACUCGAAAUCUGCAACGGUGACGUCGACGGAAACGGCGAUAGGGACAGCUGAGGUGAAGUUUUCGAUCUCGUUUUAUUUGGUUUGAGGGUGUGGCGGCAAGGUGAGGCGAGGUCGCGAAAGGUGAGACGGCAAAACAGAAGAAACAUUACUGUUUUUUUUCUCCACAAGAGGAAAAAAUAAACAAACAAAAUGGCUCACUCAUUAAUAAGAAAUUCCAUUCAAUCAAUUAACCCUAAUUUUCUGGCCACGUUGUCAGUCCACCGGAUCGUCCGGCGUUUGGGCUCCGUGGCCACCGCUGAAGAGGAACAAUCAUCGUCCUUCACGUUUUCGUCGGAGGGAGAUAACGUGUACAUGAAAGCACCGGCGGCGAGGAGGAAACAGUCGUCGUCGGUGACGAUGCCGAUGUCGUUCAUGACUGGAUCUAUUGUUGGGAAGAGGUUCUACAAAGAAGUGAAAACGAGAGAAGCAGACGAUGGCAAUGGUUGGACGGUGAUGCUUGAUUAUAGAACUCUCAAGACACCUGCUAAGAGGCCACUUAAGCUUCCGACUCUCUCUCUUGCUAAGGCCAUUGCUGCUGAAUGGGAAUAUCAACAAAUAGAUGGCAUAAGACCCUUCACAAUGCCUUUUAUGAGACUUGCUUGCACUGCUUUGGAAAGAGUUCCUGUGACAAGGCCCAAAAUUAUUGAGAAUUUGAUGAAGAAGUUUAAUCAAGAUUUAGUAUUUUGCCGUGCUCCUGAUGACAAUGAUCUGACAAGCGUAGUCCAUGAUCGCCAAGUUGAGAAAAUGGAUCCUCUGCUACGCUGGUUGGAGUCAGAAUUUGGAUUUAAGCCUGUUGUGUAUUCAAGCUUUUUUGGUGGAAAACAGGAAGAUGGUCUUGUGAUGGCUAUAGAGAAACUUCUAAAGAAAACAGAUGACUGUGAAUUGGCCGCAAUUGAUGCUAUUGCAGCAUCAGCACACUCAUUAACUAUUGCCAUUGCAUUGGUGCAUGGGAAAUUGCAAAUUGAGGAAGCAAUUGAGCUUAUUAGACUUGAAGAAGAUUUACAGGUGGACAGGUGGGGCCUUGUUGAAGGUGGACAUGAUGUCGACGUCGCUGAUCUUAGGGUACAGAUUUCAUCACCAGUUGUAUUUCUUGGUUUGUCAAGAAAUAUUUAGUUUUAACAUUUUGAUUUUGUUGUUAACCAUCCCAAGUUAUAGCUAUCAGCAUGAUAUGGUCCAUGUCAUAUCCAGAACAUUCUAUUCAUGGGUCUUGUUUUGUAGAUGAGUUUUGUUCUUGUAACUGUUUUGUCAUUGAGUUAUAAGUUAUAACAAUAAUAUAAACCAGGCUUUAUUGAAGCCUUAUUCGAGGAAAAACAUAGACAUAUCAAAUGGUAGAUAUGUUGUAUCUUGUAACACGAAUUUGUGUUGCACACUUUGAAUACUUCUAACUGUAUUUUGUAAUCGUUAUA